GAAGGGUAUUGGACUGGAUGGCCCUUGGGGUCUCUUCGAACUCUGUGAUUCAAUUAACACCUUUAGAGCCGUAGUCCAACAUCCAAACCACUUUACCACAUUGGCUAAUGUGUUUUUCUAAAACUGGUUUCAGUUUGGAUUAAAACAGGUGUGGGUGGCAGUAAAGGGGACAAAUCGAGGCAGUGAUACUAUGCAAUGGAGCUGGGAUACAUCCCUCUUGUGCAUUCAAAAUACAAAAGUAAUUUGCACCCUAUUGAUCUGGCAAAGAGGAGAGGAGAAGAUGGGGCAGAAUCUUGCCCUUCCCAGUUGAGUCACACAAAAGCAAACUGCUGCAUCUAGCUUCCCCAUUCUUCUGAUUCCUUCUUGCUGGUGAAGGCUCCAUCUACAGUGCAACAUUAAUGCAGUUUGAGACUGCUUUUUCAUUCAUCACUUUUGCCAUCUACUUGACCCCACUGUGACGCUGCUUGGACCUGGUUUUUAAGCUGUGAAAGGGAAGGGGGCAUGUGCCAUCACCUUCCUUCCCACCCACCUCUUCCUCCUCCCAGCCUGGAGGUGAUGCAAGAGCGGAGCAUCCCUUCCAGGGCCAGACAGAGACGCACGGUGAGCUCAGGGACCGGUUGAGUAAGAAGAGAGGCUGCGGUGGUGCUGGUGCUGGUGUGGUUUUUGCUUAUUUCCUGCCUGGCUGGGGAUUGCCUUCACAGCUGCCUUUUCCCUUGAGUUUCGCCUCUGCCUUGCCAGUCUUCUUCUCUCACACUGGAAGCUGCUGCUCCUCCUCUCUCUAUCAAGGUGAGGGAUCUGCAGAGCUGCACAGGUCCUGUGGAAUGGUUAACCCAAGGCAAUCUCACCUGGAGCCAAUCACCGGAGUGCAGGUGCCAAGAGACUAGAGUGCCAAGGCGCCCGGUCGAGUCCUUUCCUAGAGAAGCCUUUGUCCUGGCUGGACACACCUGCCCAGCCUCUUCACAUUUGGUGCUUUCCAUUAGACCUUCUCCUGGGUCUACACGCUAGCCAUGGCCUUCUUCACUGUGGCCCCCUUCAACCUCCUCCUCAUCUUCUGCCUGGCAAGGACUGUGAUGGUAGUGCCAGGGCAUCCUGCCCUGAAGUCACCGGCUCUGGACCCGGCGGUGCUGGAUCUGCAGACUCUCCUCGCUUCAAGCACAGAAGGCGCACUGACCCGGGGCACCGUGGAAGCCCUGUUAAAUAUCGCCACGGCUCGUGCGCAGUGCCCAGAGGUGCCGUGUGGAAAGUGCAUCACUGCUCCAGACAUCUUUGCGCUCACAGGGAAGAAAACAUCUAGCGAUGCCAAUCUCACCUCUUCGGAGAUCGUGCCAUUUUCGGCUGCUCUCGUAUUUUAUUUCUCCGAUCCGGCGGCAGCCUGCCAGGCGGUGACAGGGACCCAUUGGGUUGAUGAGGUCCACAAUUUUCAGACCAGAUUCUCCCAAGGAAAUCCUAUGGGAAGACCCAUGCAGGAGAAAGCGGCUGAGCUGAUGGGGACCAUCCAAGAAAAUAUCAAAGGCAGUGACAGAGAAAAGGAGUCUUGUGCAGGAGUGGCCCAGAUCCUAGGAAACAGCACACUGAUCUCCAACCGCAUAACCUCCGAUCUAUCUGAGCAGGUGCUGGUGGCCAUUGCCUCUCAUGCGCUGAAGGGCGGCUGCUUCCGUGCCCUUCCUCCUGAGAGUUACUUCGUAGAAUACAUCUUCCAGCGCUACAGCAAUGGGACUCACAACUUCACACUGGCAGGUUUGACCGAACUCAUGGAGGAACUGGAGGUUGGCUCAGUAGCCAUGCAUGGGCAUCAUGAUCACAGCGGCCAUGAUCAUGGGGCACACGACCAUGACAGCCACGACCAUGAUGACCACCAUGACCACGCACAUGAAGGAACUGGACAUGAUCAUUCAGAAGAGCAUAGUCAUGACGAUCAUGAAGACCAUCAUGGUCAUGAUCAUGGCGGUGAAACAGAUAACCAUGAUCACAGUCAUGGCAAUGAAACCGACCACCAUCAUGGUCAUGAAACCAACCACCAUGAUCAUAGUCACGGCAAUGAAACCGACCACCAUCAUGGUCAUGAAACCGACCACCAUGAUCAUAGUCAAGGCAAUGAAACGGACCACCACCACCAUGGAGAUGAGAUGGACCACAAUCAUGGCAAUGAAACAGAUCCUCACCACCUUCAUGAAAAUGAACCCCACCAUGAUGACGAAACAGAGCACCAUGUAAACAAAACAGGAAUCAGUCUUGUCCGCCGGAGGAGAAGCCCUGGAGAACAGGAUGCCCAUCAUCAAAUUUGGGACAAGGUGUGCCUCAGCCCUGAUGAUCUUUUGGAGAUUUAUGGGAUCGAUGCUGGAGUAGGGAUCUCCCCUCCUGAUUUCACGCGUCUGAGCCCAGCUUUGGUGCAAAUGAGGCUCAGCCAGGCCUGCUCCAUCUCCCGGAGCGCUCCUCUUGACGGCCGUCUCACCACAGCAGAGAAGUACAUCUAUGGCUCUCUGGCCACUCUGGUGAUCUGCCUGUGUGCCCUCUUUGGCAUCGUGGUCCUCCUGUGCACAGCUUGCAUCAGCGCCUACCAGUAUGUGAUCCAGCUCUUUGUCAGCCUGGCUGUGGGGUCGCUGACCGGGGACGCCAUGUUGCACCUCAUCCCCACGUUCUUGGGCUUGCAUUCCCACUCCCAUGGCGAUGGCCAUGCGCAUGACCACCACGGAGCCGAGGGCCAUGACACUCUCUGGAAGCUUCUGGCUGUCCUGGGGGGCCUCUACCUCUUCUUCCUCCUGGAGAAGUUCUUCAUCCUCCUGGGACAUUCCCACUGCGAGGAAUCAUCAGAGUCCAGCAAAGGCCACCAGUGUGACCACGGACUGUCUCUGCAGUUGUACCAGGAUGAGAUGAAGAGGAGGAAGCUGGAGAAAGGAGCCUCUAAUGCUGACUUGGUGGCUGCGGAGGAGGAGGACAGUUUCAGGCACCACCAGAAGAAGGAGCAUAGCCGGGAACUCCGGAUGCUGCCAUACAUGAUCACCAUUGGAGAUGCCAUCCACAACUUUGCCGACGGACUGGCCAUUGGGGCCGCCUUCUCCUCCUCCUGGAAGACGGGGCUGGCCACCUCGCUGGCAGUCUUGUGCCAUGAGUUGCCCCAUGAGCUAGGGGACUUUGCUGCUCUGCUUCAUGCCGGCCUGAGCGUCAAGCGGGCUUUGUUCCUGAACUUUGUGAGCGCCCUCACGGCCUUCAUCGGCCUUUACAUCGCCCUCUCCGUCAGCACCGGGGAAGAAUUUGAGGCGUGGAUCUUCACCGUGGCCACCGGACUCUUCCUUUACGUGGCCCUGUGCGAUAUGCUCCCGGCUUUGAUGAAUGCAAAGGACAAGCGACCUUGGCUACUAUUUGCUCUGCAAAAUAUUGGCCUCUUGGCUGGCUGGGCCAUCCUUCUCCUGCUCUCACUUUUUGAGGAGAAUAUCGUCGUCUGAACAUGCCUCUUCCCAAAAAUACUGACUGACCGUGCACCACCCUUAGCACUUUUUUCUGGCCUAGGAGGCAAGAUCCCUUGUAACCCACUUUCGGGUGUUGCAAAGUCAGGGCUGCACUUCAUUGGAGACUGGAGAAAAGGAGUGUGGUCACAUUGGGAGAGGCAGAUUAAGACUGUAUUGCAAACCUGGGUACCAGAUGUGGGCAUUGGAGAUGUGGGACACAUGCCCCCAAACGCACACACAGCACAUACCUUGGACGAUGCCCAUGUGAGGUUGGCAGGUCCAGACUCUCCCACUUCCCUGAGACUUUGGCUUCAAAACCACCUUAUUGUUAUGGCACAGAAAGUGGACAGUGGUGUUACAAGGGGCAGACCUUGGUGAUGCCAUUAAGCAUCGAGCAUUGAACAUCAGCACAUUGGCACAAACUAUGCCCUUCCCAUGAGAGCCAGCAUGGCAUAGUGGUUUGAGGGUUUGGCCAUGCAAACCCACUGGGUCAUCUUGGCCAAGUCAUACUCUCUCAGCCUCAGAGGAGGGCAAUGGCAAACAUUGUCUGAAAAAACUUACCAAGAAAACCCCAUGACAGGUUCACCUUAGGAUCGCCAUAAGUUGGAAACAACUUGGAGGCCCACAACAACAACAUGCCCUUCACCAAGUCAAACAAAUAAGAAAAAUACACACACCGGCACUUUUCAAGACAGCCCCCUUGCCCUGGGAUUCUUCCCCCUUGCUGUGAGGGCAGGAGAAGGACCUGGGCAUAGACACCCCUACAUCCAUGCUCUCUCCUCCCCACUGCAUUUAUUUAUUGUAUUUAUUAUGGCUCGUUUCACAUGCACACUCCUUCUCCAGGAACCUCGGCACACAAGGACUGGUGGCAAAACGCACUUCACAAAUCCCCUUCUUCCAAGGCCAGGGUAGCCUCUUGCCAAAUGGUAGUGCCCUUGAGCCUGGCCAGGGCUUUGUGCUUCAAUAGCCUCUCAUCUUCCCCAUCUCCUACCUUGCCUGCCAUUGCAGGGACUCUUUUUCCUAGACCACUGCCACACUGCAGAAUUAACGCAGUUUGACACCGUUUUAAGUGCCAUGGCUCCAUCCUAUGGAACUUGGGGAUUUGUGGUUUGUUGUGGCACCAGGAGAGCCAGCGUGGCAUAGUGGUUUGA